CCGGAGUGAGUAUGUGGGCUUGUGAAUCUCUGGAGUGGGGUGUUGAACAUCCGGUGCCAUCCGCGGUGUUUAUUGCGAUAUUUGUGAACCGAGGAAAAGCAGAAACAAGGCUUCAGAUUACGGAGGGUUGGCAAAGAAAAAAGAUCCCUUUGGUUCCAGAAAAUCUCCUGAAAAAGAGAAAGGCUUAUCAGGCCCUCAAAGCCACUCAAGCAAAGCGGGCACUUUUGGAAAAGAAGGAGCAGAAGAAAGGAAAAGAGGUCAAGUUUAAGCGACUGGAAUGGUUCCUGCAUGAUUCCUGGCGGCAACUACGUGACAGGGUGCGCCUCAGACGACUACAUGUGAAACCUCAUGGCUUGGAAGUGCCAGAUAAACAUUCCUUGGCCUUUGCUGUACGCAUCCAAAGGAUUGAUGGGGUGAGUUCAACAGUGUGGAGAACCAUUGCAAGGCUUCGCCUAAAGAAAAUUUUCAGCGGUGUCUUCGUCAAAGUGACCCCUCAAACGAUAAAAAUGCUCCGUAUAGUGGAACCAUAUGUGACCUGGGGAUUUCCAAAUCUGAAGUCUGUCCGGGAACUCAUCUUGAAACGUGGACAAGCCAGGGUCAAGAAUAAAAUCAUCCCUUUAACAGACAACACAAUGAUUGAGGAGCACCUUGGGAAGUUUGAUGUCAUUUGCUUGGAAGACCUCAUUCAUGAAAUUGCCUUUCCGGGGAAGAAUUUCCAGGUCAUCUCAGAGUUCUUGAGUCCUUUCCAACUCUCAGUAGCCCGUCAUGCUACUAAGAAUAGAGUGGGUUUCCUCAAGGAGGUGGGCUUGCCUGGCUAUCGAGGUGAAAGCAUCAAUCAGCUCAUCCGGCAGCUGAACUAAACCCAGAAUAUCUGAAAGCAAAGUGCAUUGGAAGCAUGUGUUUUUGUGUUCUCGGGAUUAUUCAGUAUCUGCAGAGAAGAUUGUUUUCCAUUAUAUCUUCAGAAACCACAGAAAAGACAGUGAUGUUGCUAGCAGGCACUGGUCAUAGCAGCCCAGUUCUAGGGAAAGUUCCUGUGUGUUUUCCAUAUUGGCUGCAGCACCACCUCUGUCAUCACCAAAGGACUCUUGCUGCUUUAGGAAGUCUCACUCUGUCACUUCUAUUCUGGGGUUUAAUGCCGGUGAAUGAAUACCCACCCACACGUGAAUACAGGACAGCAGUGGGCCAAGCCCGCAGGUCAUACCUGAACCUGAGGGUUACUAGGGCCUUGUUUUGGAAAGAACUUGAAAUACAAUGAGAAGAGCACAGAAACAGUA